GCGGUUUUCAGGGGGGAAUCGAGCGUUAAAUUGAUUAUUCACCAUCACAGACCCUCCUUCCUCCAUCCCUCCUCAGAGGCCAUUUUAUUCAGUGGUCACUCGGCACACUCGGCAGUUUGAACAUAAGGCACCAGAAAUAAUUGUAAAACAAGCAUCACAGGAUAUUUUCGGCACGCGGCAAAAGAAGAUCGCGAGUUUCCAGCAUGGACAUUUUCAAGAGCCACAGUGGAGGAAAAGAUAACCCGUUGAUGCAAUAUGUUAUCAAUCAUUCGAUGAGGGAACAUCCGGCCCUGAAAAAACUGCGUCUGAGAACCAUGGAGGAUCCACUGAACUUUAUCAUGGUUGCCUGUGAGCAGUCCCAGUUGAUGGCUAACCUUGCCAGACUUAUCAGAGCCAAAAAAGCUAUAGAGAUUGGAGUAUACACUGGAUACAAUACUCUGAGCAUAGCAUUGGUUUUGCCAGAGGACGGAAAGAUGGUGGCUUGUGACGUCAACGAGACAUUCACAAACAUCGGCAAACCUUUCUGGAAGGAGGCUGGAGCGGAAAAUAAAAUUGAUCUACGCAUACAACCUGCUCUGAAGACGUUAGAUGACCUCUUGGCUGCCGGGGAGGCCGAGACCUUUGACUUCAUCUUCAUCGACGCAGACAAAGCCAACUACAACAACUACUAUGAGAAGUCACUGUUGCUCCUGAGGAAGGGAGGCAUCAUCGCCAUUGACAACGUCCUGUGGAGCGGAAAGGUUGUCAACCCUGCAGAAGAUGAUGUAGACACCCAGGCCAUCGACAAGCUGAACAAGAAGCUGCAUCGAGAUGUGCGAAUCAACCUGAGCAUGCUUACUGUGGGAGAUGGACUGACACUUGCAUUCAAAUUGUAGCUUAUGCCUUUGUGUUUCCAUUAAGUAAUGACAAUCAGGUAACUGUCCUUAAUGGUAAGGGCUUAUAUUAGAAUUCCUUUAUUUCUUACCACAUCUUAUCAGGUCUCUGUUCCUUAACGUCGAUGUUAUAGCUCAACUGUUAAGAUUGUGGAUAAUGUAAUUGUUCCUUUGUGAGUACGAAAAUGACUGAGAGUAUUGUGAGUGUGUACAUAUAGUACAUCUGUUUAGUUCAUGGAAUACAAAUACCAAAGCCUGAAAAAGUGUCUACUUAUUGUACAUGGUUUGUUACUUGAAUGAGAUCAAUCUUUGAUGACAUGCACCGUUAACCAAGGUCUAUUGAAAAUGGUACUGUACCGCUAUAAUACAGGUUACAGUUAGUAGUUAAAACAUUCUUGAAACAAUAGUUGCUUCUGUUUAAAGACUUUAUUGCAAAGGUAGACAUACACACUGACUAGGUUUCUGAUCAAUUUCCCAAUCAAUUUUACACAACUAUGGGGGAUGUAGAGGAGGCACUCAGAUCUGUACCAUCACUCGAAUCACACGGAGAAAAAACAAUUUGGCAUCGUCUUGCAACUUCCAUGUUCAACUAAGAAGCAGUUUGAUCAAGAUAAUCGAGGUUAGGCCUGCAUUUGACCUCAGGGUGGGCAAGAAUAAACAUCUUAUAAAUACAGAUCAUCCAAUCAAAUGGUGUCUAGUUGGUAAGCAUUUUUAAGUAGGAGCAGCCAUGACAACAGGCAAAGCAUUUUACUAAUGAAAUGCUAAUACAUAUGCAAACGAUAAGGGAGA